AUGGAUCCAUCGGCCGACUCGUCGCUCUCGGCUCUUGACCACACCCAGCUUGUCGUCCUCCUGGCUGCACUCGCUGACGACGUCGGCGACGAUCCGCCCACGCCGACCGUCGUUGCUGAUAGCCAGCACCAUGUCACUCCAGACUCGCCCAGCAUCCGCCGCGCAGGCUCCCCAGCCUCGCCGCUCUUGAUCGACUCCAACCCUGGUCUUUCAGCAUCCUUGGAGACCCACUCGAAGGCUGGCGGUACAGCACACACCCAGCCGGAGCCCGUUCUGUCUCCAAACAGCAAUGCUUCCUCCAGGGCGCUCGAGGAAAGGAUAUUCCAGCUCGAGUUGGAGCUCCAGCUUGAGCGGCAGAGCAGAGUCCCACCUGAUUCCGCCGGCUCCGAAUCUCGCCCCUCAAAGCGCAAGAAGCCUCCAAAGCUCUCUGCGGUCGAAUCGGCCGUCAAGAGGGCCAAGCUGGCCGAGUCUCGAUUGGCCGAUGUGUGCAUGCACGAUCAAGAUGCCUUGUCGCGGAUGACAUUUCUCAGAUCCGUCAAGGCUCUGUUGCUGCUCGCUGGGUCUGUCAAGGGCUCGCCUGGCUCGGCUGACCUCCGUCGACACGCAUCGCUUUUGGCCAUGUCCACAACAUACAUGAUGGAGCAGCUCACGACCCAUCUGCGGCAUCACAUCGAAAAGGAGCUCGGCUCCGAGCUACUUCGAUGCCAUGAGCUCGGCUUUUGGGGUGUGCUCGAGUCCGCCAACGAGAGCAUUUGCCUCCUUCUGGAUCUGGGAUCCAGUCCAAUACUGUCCAUGAAGCAGCAGCGCUCCGUCAACGUCGAGCUUGCUCGCACGCUCGGCCAAUUUUACUGCCAUUCGAUGCAGCUAUGGGACAGCCGGCUGAUCGAGUCACUGCUGACUCACCAAGCAGACUCAUUCCCUAGUCCCUUCGAGCGAUUAAGCCGUUGGUUUCGACAGAUUUACCCGCACCAUUCAGCCGAUAUCGCCGUGUUUCUGCUGGAGUAUUGUGUUGAUCUCCACGCAAAGUAUGCAUCGGACGCCGGGU